AGAAUCCGCAGAAAGCCGAUCAAAUCGCUAGGGUUUCAAACACAGAGCGAAAGAGAGAGGUGGAGGAACUAGGGUUUCAAUUAGAGCAAGAUGCCGAAGAACAAGGGAAAGGGAGGUAAGAAUCGGAAGAUUUCCUCCCCUCGGAAGAGAGGAAAGAACGAAGCAGAUGACGAGAAGAGAGAGCUGAUUUUCAAGGAAGACGGGCAAGAGUAUGCCCAGGUUCUCCGGAUGCUCGGCAACGGUCGUUGCGAAGCCAUGUGCAUCGACGGCACCAAGCGCCUUUGUCACAUACGAGGUAAGAUGCACAAGAAGGUUUGGAUCGCCGCCGGUGACAUCAUCCUCGUCGGACUCCGGGAUUUCCAGGACGACAAGGCUGACGUCAUCCUCAAGUAUAUGCCCGAUGAAGCCAGGCUCCUCAAGGCCUACGGCGAGCUCCCCGACAACGUUCGUCUCAACGAAGGUAUCGCAGGUGGUCUCGAUGAGGACGACGAUGGCGGCGCCGAUGACUACAUCGAGUUUGGUGAUGAUGAUAUCGACAAGCUGUAGAAUCGUAUCUCCUCACUGUUCUAUUACACGCCUUGUACUAUUUUCUGUAUUUGUGUAACCUCUUUGUUGUGAAAUCGUCAUUCUGAUGCAAAAUACAAUAUAUGUUACUACUCUGUCC